CAAACAAAACAAACCCACUGAUACGUCUGUCAGACUCGGUGUGAACAGGUUGGAUGCACACCUGUGCGCAACGCGGAGAGCAGAGCGACAGACUUCAUUCAUUCAUUCAUGUAAACACCAGCCUACAUCAUUUCCCUGUCGGCUGUCAGUCACCCGGCCCCGCAGACUCCGCCUCCUACGGAAACACACGAGGUUGUCCGACACGUGAUCGCGUCAGUAUGGCGGAGCCGUUGGCUGAGUGGUGUUUUUACAGUACCGACGGGUCCUAAAACCCUGAUCUGUGGAUGCUCUUGGAGAUCCUGGGGAAAACACGACACUUGCGCCCAGCGGUGCUCAGCUCAGCUCGACUGUUUGGUGGAAGGAAUCCUGCCACGACACACCACUGAGGUCUCCACCUGUGGCUCAGUGCGAUGAGGCCUUAAGAAACAACUACUCUUUGUCCCUCCUUGGCCUGGAGCCUCCACCUGGAAGCACCGACUUGGCUGCGAAGCACAUGGUGGUCACUGCAGCCACCACAGAGGUGCACUGACACCCUCACUGCUGACCUCUGUCAGUUCUGUCUGGCAACAACAACCAUAAAGAUGAGCUCUCACAGUCGAUCGGGUGGCUUGACCAGCAACGAGCAGCCCCUGGAACUUGUUAAGCCAGCUGCACUCAAUCAUUUUGUGGACGUGAGCACUGCAGCACUGCCCAUGCAGGUGCCCCCCGCCGCCACAGCCAUCCUCCCCAUGGACCUGCGCGUAGUGGACCACCAUCACCACCACCAUCACCAGCAGCAGCCCCCCUUCGGCCUGGUUCCCCAACCUCACCCUACACCGCCCACCUCCACAGCUUGUCCCACGUCCUGUGAGCCAGGCCGUGGGUCAGUCAUUAACCACCAGGAGCAGCAGCUACAGCAGGAGCUGGUAGCUCUCAAACACAAGCAGCAGCUCCAGAGACAGCUACUGAUCGCUGAGUUCCAGAGGCAGCAUGAACAACUGUCCCGUCAACAUGAAGUCCAGCUGCAGGAACAUAUCAAGCACCAACAGGAUUUACUGGCACUCAAGCACCAACAGGAGCUGCUGGAGCACCAGAGGAAGAUGGAGCAGCAGCGUCAUGAGCAGGAGCUGGAGAAACAGCAGCGGGAAUACAAACUCCAGCAGCUCAAAAACAAGGACCGGGGACAGGAGAGUGCAGUCGCCAGUACAGAAGUGAAGAUGCGGCUUCAGGAGUUUGUACUGAACAAGAAGAAAGCCCUGGCUCAGCGAAACUUAAACCACUGUGUGCCCAGCGACCCACGCUUUUGGUAUGGAAAAACCCAGCACAGCUCUUUGGACCAGAGCUCCCCUCCUCAAACAGCAUUGUCAGCGUACAACCACCCAAUGCUGGGCACAUACGACUCGAAAGACGACUUUCCUCUCCGGAAAACAGCCUCUGAGCCCAACCUGAAGCUUCGUUCCCGGAUAAGGCAGAAGGUGACAGAGCGCCGCAGCAGUCCUCUUCUCCGACGGAAAGAUGGUCCCAUCACUACCGCCAAGAAACGGUCCCUAGAUGUGGCUGAGUCUGCAUGCAACAGUGCACCAGGCUCAGGUCCCAGCUCCCCCAACAACAGCUCCAGUAACAUCCCCAGUGAGAACGGGGUCACCAUUUCCAGCAGCCCAGGAGAGGCCUCCCUGCUUCAGAGGUUGGCUGCGAGGGAAGGUUCUGUUAGCCAGCUCUCUCUCUACACCUCCCCUUCUCUGCCCAACAUCACUCUGGGACUGCCAGCCACAGGCCCUGCUGGCGCUGUGGUAUCAGGACACCAAGACGCUGAGAGUCGUCUGGCAUUGCCUGCGUUACAGCAGGGAAUUCCUCUGACCUCUCCAUUCCUGCCCACUACCCACCUGCCCUCCUACUUGGCGUCUUCAGCUCUGGACAGGGAGGGGGCCGGAGGGGGCGCGGCUGGUCACAACACCCUUCUCCAACACAUGGUACUGUUGGAGCAGGGCCACAGUCCAAUCGUCGGUCUGGGUGGCCUCCCACUACCGUCACCCUCUGUCUCCAAACUUGCACGGGGCCAUCGUCCCCUGGGGAGGACCCAGUCGGCCCCUCUGCCUCAGCCGCAAUGCGGCCAGGCCCAGGCUCUGCAGCAGCUGGUGGUUCAGCAGCAGCACCAACAGUUCCUGGAAAAACACAAACAACAGUUCCAACAGCAGCAGCAGCAGCACAUCAUCAUCAACAAGAUCAUGUCCAAGCCCGGUGAUCAGGUCUCGGCUGCAAGCUCUAGCACCUCGGGGCCGGCCAGGCAGCACCAGAGUCACCCAGAGGAAACAGAAGAGGAGCUCAGGGAGCACCAGGGGCUCUUGUCCUCCUCCUCAUCCUCCUCCUCCACAUCUGUGCAGGAGACAGCGCCUGUACGAGGGCUGGUCAUCAAGCAGGAGCCCCCAGACCCCCAAGAGCAGGAGGAGAGGGAGCACAGGGAGAGACAGGCCGAGAAGGACUUUCUUUUCCGACAGCAGGCUCUGCUGUUAGAGCAGCAGCGGAUCCAUCAGUUGAGGAACUACCAAGCCUCCAUGGAAGCAGCUGGGCUGUCAGUAAGCUUCUCCGGACACCGGCCCCUCUCCAGGGCUCAGUCCUCUCCAGCCUCCGCCUCCUUCCCCAUGGUAGUACAGGAGCCGCCUGCCAAGCCUCGAUUUACUACAGGCCUGGUGUACGACUCUUUGAUGCAGAAGCACCAGUGUAUUUGUGGGAACACAACCAUUCAUCCAGAGCACGCAGGCCGCAUCCAGAGUAUCUGGUCCCGACUACAGGAAACAGGCCUCAGGGCACACUGUGAGUGUAUCCGUGGUAGAAAGGCCUCACUGGAGGAGUUGCAGACGGUCCACUCUGAAGCCCACGUCCUGCUGUAUGGAACCAACCCACUGCGGCAGAAACUAGACUGUUCAGUGAGUCCCAUGUUUGUGAGGUUACCAUGUGGAGGCAUAGGGGUGGACAGCGACACUAUUUGGAACGACGUCCAUUCGUCCAGUGCGGCUCGUCUGGCCGUCGGCUCGGUGGUGGAGCUCGUCUUCAAAGUAGCAACAGCAGAACUGAAGAAUGGCUUUGCAGUAGUUCGACCACCUGGACACCACGCUGAGGAGAAUACGCCAAUGGGGUUCUGUUACUUCAACUCGAUCGCGAUAGCAGCCAAACUCCUGCAGCAGAGGCUCAAUGUCAGUAAAAUCCUCAUCGUGGACUGGGAUGUUCACCAUGGUAAUGGCACCCAACAGGCCUUCUACACAGACCCCAGUGUCCUCUACCUGUCACUGCAUCGCUACGAUGAUGGGAACUUCUUCCCUGGCAGUGGAGCACCUGACGAGGUGGGCAGUGGAGCAGGUGAAGGCUUCAAUGUGAAUGUGGCCUUUACUGGAGGACUAGAACCUCCUAUGGGUGAUGCAGAGUACUUGGCUGCGUUUAGGACGGUGGUUAUGCCUAUUGCCAAUGAGUUUGCCCCAGACGUGGUUCUGGUAUCUUCAGGCUUUGAUGCGGUAGACGGCCAUGCCUCACCCCUGGGAGGAUACAAACUCACAGCCAAAUGCUUUGGCUACCUGACCAGGCAGCUGAUGGGUCUGGCAGGCGGUCGGUUGGUACUCGCCCUGGAGGGGGGUCAUGACCUCACAGCCAUAUGUGAUGCCUCCGAAGCCUGCGUCUCUGCUCUGCUCGGCAAUGAGUUGGACCCCAUCCCUGACAAGGUGCUGCAGCAGAGGCCGAACGCCAAUGCUGUCCACUCUUUGGAGAAAGUUAUUGAAGCUCACAGCAAAUACUGGCGCUCACUGCAACGCUCUGCCUCCACACUCGGUUGCUCGUUGAGCGAAGCCCUUCAGCGUGACGCAGAGGAAGCCGAGACAGUGUCUGCCAUGGCCUCACUGUCUGUCGCCAACAAGCAGAUUGUAAAGAGGGCUGAAGAGGAACCAAUGGAAGAGGAAGCUCCAAUGUAAAGAAACAGCCGAGAACUUUGACCACUGAGACCAGUCUUUGACAGUGUCCUCACUGAGUCCAUGUCAACUUAAAUGCCACUCCUGUGUCUCACCUCUGCCAUAUCAUGAUGGCAUGUUAUUGUGAGACAGAACAAGCAGAGCUGACAACAGUGGCGCUCAAAGGAAACCGAACACUGAAGAUGAGUAAGGCAUUCACUGAUUAGCAGCGCACAGACUGAUCAGUGUUGUGUUGCCUGGUCAGGACCUUGGAUAUAAGAGGAUUGACUCAACCACCCCACACUGACAACCUUGUGUACCAGUGCUUUUAAAACACUAGACAAGAUGUACUUCACCGUACAGAGACAAUCUUCUUUUCUUAUCAAUCUGUUCUUUUUGUGCUUUAUCUUGAUCUCACUUUCUGAUGUGAUUGUGACUCUGCACUACGGAUGAAUCAUUCCUGCUCUUUAAAGAUAUCUGGAUGAAUGGAACAAAAGUGGUUGAAUUUCUUGCAGUGUGGUCGAAAAUUACAGAUGAUAAAGGUCAGCAGAUGCUCUGAUUCCAAAAUGACUGACAGU